AUGGGCGCUUGUUUCUCCACUUGGAUCAUCAUGGACUCGAACCACAACCUCAAUUUAUCAUCCACCUCAUCAGCUAAUGUCAUUACUCUCGACGGCCAGCUCCGCCAGUUCCCUAUUCCGCUCACAGUCUCGCAACUUCUCCAACAAAUCGACUCCGUGUCUGUAUCCGUAUCCGAAUCCGAAAAUUUUAUUUGCAACUCCGAUGGCUUGUACUACGACGAGCACAUACAAGCCAUGGAUUUGACUGAAGAAUUACUAUCGGGUCAAAUUUAUUUCGUCCUCCCAAACUCCAAGCUUCAGUAUCCGUUGAGCGCGUCCGACAUGGCCGCGCUUGCAGUUAAAGCGAGUACCGCAAUUUCAUCGAUCACCAAAAAUAAUCAGCCAAGUAGCAAGUCACAAAUAGCUCCGAUCGAUCUAUCGAUUCAAUCUCCGAUAUCGCAAGCAGCCGCGAAGAAGAAUCACACGAGUGACAAACAGGCUGGAUCGGGCUUGGGAAUCUCGAGAUGCGGAUCAAUGAGGAAGAUUCAGAGAUACUCAACUCGGCGCGCUAAAUUGGCGGCUCGGUCGUUUCGGAGAUUGACUACCAUUCAUGAAGUCUCUGAUUUACAAGCUUAUUAG